AUGGCCUCCGCGACACUCGCGUACCCCCUAGUCCUCAUCCUCAACGCCGGCAGUGCAGCUCUCGCCAGCACUGGCGCCGCGAACGACGAAACUUUCUUCACGGUCCCCAGUCUUGCAACCGGGCGCGCAAGAGGCGCCGUCGUCCUCAGAGCAGAGGAGGAAAAGGACCGGAAAGCCCGGCAUUGGGAUCUGGAUAUCGCAGCUCUCAUAAUUGCAAUGCUUCCUGGAGUGGAGUUGGGUGGCGGGUGA